AUGAUAAGUAAAGCUACCAGACUACAAACCAAGAAAGAUGACCGCGCUCGAUCCAACACGGAAAAGAAUUAUGCCGAGGCUCUAGCAGCUCCCUCGCAGCGUAAGAAACCGAAUAAAGCUUCUACUGGAGUUUUUCUAUCUAACCGCUAUGAGACGAGCGAGGAGGAUGAAGUUACCAUAAAGAGCAUGAGAGAAACGACUGAUUUAUCUGUGGAUAAGACGAAGUUCAACAACAACAUCCUGGAAUGUAAAUACAAGGAGGACGAGCUGGAACAAUACAGCCGCAAGGAGAACAUCAGAAUCAAUGGGAUGGAGGAGCAGACAAGUGUGUUUUUUCGUGUACUCACCAAGAUGGAUCACGUGCUGCAAGUCAACCCGUGCAGGUCCGACUCCGACAACUUGUUUGAGCCAGGUGAUCCUCUGACUCUGUCUCAGCAGUCUGCCUCUUCCUCUGAGGGGAUGGGUCGCUGGUUGGGGAUUUUAUUGGCCGAGACUGGCUCCACCACUGACCCAGCCACCCUGCACUACGACUAUAUUGAUGUUGAGACCACAGCCAAUGUCAUCCAGCUGGCCAAGCAGUCCUUUUGUUUCACCAGCAAGCGUGCUGUCUCACCUAACCCAUACCUGGAUAACCCUGUCAAUGGCUAUGCCUGCCCCACUGGUGUGGCUCUGCACUAUGAUGAUGUGCCCAUUAACGGCACGGACCCGGAGGUGCAGUACUCCAGUACCAUCACAGUGGAGUGCCAGCUGAAACAGGAGCUGCACUAUGAGAAUGCUGACUUGUGUGAGCACUUGCCCUCACCCAAGCUGGACACCCGCUAUCCUCCUAAGCCUUCCUUUGCUUGUACUUCCCUUUCCACCACCUCUGCCAGUCACUACAAUACCCCUGUUUCUAAAAUCUCCUCGAAGUUCCUCAAUGCUGAUAAUAAAACUAAAGCCACUGUUCAGCUGAAAGGAAAGAAGGGUACAGGAGCCAAUGGGGUGGCAUCAAAGCAAAAGACAGAGCCAAAGAACCAGCCCAAAAAGAACGGAGUCAAUGGGACCAAUGGAACCACCUCUAUGAGACGAAACAGCUCCAAUGCAGACCAGUGUAAGUACGGGAAGAACCGCGUGGAGGCUGAUGCCAAGAGACUGCAGGCCAAGGAGGAGGAGCUGAUGAAGAAGAAGCAGGAGAUAAGGAACCAUCUGACCCAGCUGAAGAAAGAGAGGAGAGACCUGCGCACUGCAGUGGAAGCUGCUGUUGGCAAACGUUCGCACGCCUCACUGUCGGAGCGACUGAAGAAAGUGGAGCAAGACUGCAAGCAGAGGGAGGAGGAGCGGGUAAAUUUGGAACUGGAGCUAACUGAAGUGAAGGAGAGUCUGAAGAAAGCCCUGAGUGGUGGGGUCACCCUGGGCCUCACCAUCGAACCAAAAGCUAGCUCCUCUGGAAUCCAGUCACCGGCGAUGCUGCGACGGAACCUUGACUCUUCUCCCUUCUCCAGCUGUGACACCAGUGACACAGAGUCCUGCUCCGGACCACUGCCGGUCAACAGUGCCUCACUGCUCCGCCGGCAGCAGGGCAGCCAGAAGGUCUCACCAGUCCGGGGACACGUCCUCAGGAAGGCCAAGGAAUGGGAGCAGAAGACCGGCACAUAAACCGCCUGACCCCUCACAUCAGUCUCACCUUCAGUUCUUUUUUUCUCUUUUUAAGAAAUUGUUUAUAUAUUUAUUUGUUUAUACUGUCCACGUGAACAAAACCAGUUGCUGUCACUACCAAAAUAUACACAGGCAACCUUUUUAACUAGUUUUGCCAUUAAGCAUGCUUAGUGUACUAAGUUGUGCAACUUGUGUCGUCCGCUGUACUUUCUUUUCAAGCAACCACCUUUUUAUCCUUUUCACUCAAACCUGUUUGACUGUUUGGGUUCAAAAAGGUCAAAACCAAGUAUUUAUUUGUAAAUGUUUAGAGGAAAUACUAGCUUCCCUUUAUUUAUGUUGAUAUAUUUAAAGGGUUUUUUUUUUUUGUUGAAUUUGUGGCACUCCACAGAAUCCCAUCUCCUACACCGUUUAUCGUUCUCAUUCAUGGGUGUCGGCAUCAGCAAACAAAGUACAUCACGGUAAUCAGAACACACACCAGCUGAAUAACAAUGCAGCUCCUCUUUAAAGGAAUAGUUUGGAUUAUUUGAAGUGGGGUUAUUUGAGGUACUUAUCCAUUAUCUGACAUGGAGAAUAAGCAAUGUACUGCUGUGGAGAGGUCAGCAAUAAAACAGAUUUUAACCACCUAAAAAAAGUCCCUCCUAAGAAAAUAAAUAUCAGAUUAAGUGUACACUAUACUGAGAAAAUUUUCAGCGCUUUACCUUUCCAGUAGACUGCCUGUUCUGAUGGGGAAGCCGUUGACAACUUCAGUUCCCCAUCUAUGCUCUCGUCAAAGCCACUAGUCUCCCUCGACAAAAACAGGGAUUUUAGCUCGCUGAACACAGGAGCUGCUGGUCGAAUGUUGCUUUGAUCAAUUAGAUAGUUUGUGACUUUGGUGAAUCCAAACUAACUCUUUUAAAUGCCAAAGUCACACAAUAACACAAAUAAAAUAACUGUUAGAGGCAGCAGUAGACCAGCAGCUUCUGUGUUCAGGAAUAUUAAAUCACUGUUUUUUUCAGUGGAGUAAAACUAACAACCUAAUUUUCCAGUCGCAAAUCACUGUCUGCGACAGGUAAAGUGAGGAAAAACUCUUAAUACAACGCACACUUAAACUGAUAUUGAUUUUUUUAGGUGGGACUUCUUUUGGGUGGAUAAAAUCAGCAGUAGAUUGCUUAGCUCCCAUAUAGGACUUCAGCCUGAUUCACCAAACUGGGGAUGUGCCAACUGACAUCUACUGUAUGUAAUACAUUGACGAUGGAUACGUACCUCACACAGCCUCACUUCAGAAAAUCUGAACCAUCUCUUUAAGGGGCUUUUGAAAAAGCAGAAUCAUUCUAAAAAUCAUCCAGACUCAAAAAACAUAAUGAACUGUGGAGGUUGAUCAGUAUGGCUGUUAGACAUGUUGACAUGUUUAAAGAGGGCUGAUUUAUGCAAAGCAGUGUAGUUGUUUACCUUUUGGGGUUUUUUUUGUUUUUUUGUUUUGUUUUAUUUUUGUUUUAUUAAAAUCAAAAGUAGGGUAUGUAACACACAAGAGUGUCCCAUCCCAUUAAUAAAGAAGAUAUUCAUUUUUUUACUUGGUUAUAUUUGGGACAGUGUAAGGACAUUUUUACACACAGAAAGGAAUUAAUUAGAAAUCAAUGAAAUAUGUUUUGUUCGAACCUACCUGGUAACUGUUUUACUUCCUGUCUAUAUUUUCUGUGCCUGCAGGGGUGCCAAAAUGUAGAAUAUAAUUUUUUGACUCAAAAAUGUUGAAUGAAUACUACCACAAACAGAGAGGAUCUGAUUUUUGCACUCCAAUAUUAAGUAUUCAAUACACAAAAACAAGAUCAGGUAAGGGGGCUCUUGUAGCAUAGUUACAAAGAACUAGUGCUGCACGAUUAAUCUAAUUGCAAUCGCAAUUGCGAUGUCAGGCUGUGCGAUUACGUAACCGCAUAAAAGGCUGCGAUUUGCAAUUUAAUGUAAAUAAAUGUUAACGUGUGUGCCUGUGAACGUGACUACCUCUCCUGUAGUGUGUGGAGUUUGUUGACAUUAUGCCCACAAGCUAUCCUGGUGUGUGCAGCACGUAUGGUAAGGUAACCAGCCAGCGUGCAGCAGUGACCAACAUAGACGGUGAAGAAGAGCAUGAGCACGACCAUGAAAAGACUGAGUUGGUGGCGAAAAAAACGCAACGUCUAUUAUAUGGCGAUACUUUGGAUUCAGGUACGGCGACAUUGAACAGAAAGACGUGCUGUGUAAAAGUUUAAAAGUUAAAGUCGCCACGUCCUGCGGCAACACGACCAAUCUAUAUCAGCACUUGAGACAGCACAGAGGAAAGUAGGAAGAAUGCAAGCAAGAAAAGCCGAGCCGUGUAACGUUAAAGACAAAAGGACAACUGAAAGCCGCCAGAGCCUCAUAAAACAACAUCCCAGCACAGUUACGCAAACAUUUGUAAGUGUCACGGGGAAAUCAUGGACUCCAUAACAAACUAUAUAAUAACAAAUGAAAAAUUGAGCAAUUUUGCUCGGUUUCGGCCCACUUGACAUGCUGCUGUGUUGUGCUAUGGCGCAACAACGCCUGAACACAACACAGGCUCGCUCCGCUGGGGGUACAGUGCCGUGCUGCGUCUGUUGAUGGUCAUUUACACUGUCCAUAACAAUAACUAUGUCAGGUCAGGUCAGUGCCCCCUGAUAUAAUGUAGGGGAAACACUGAAUCAAGCAAGAAGACUAAUGAUACCAUUUUUUUUAUUAUAUUGUAAUCGCAAUCGCAAAUCGCGAUAUUGUCCACUCAAAUCGUACUCGCACAUUUUUAUCAAAUCGUGCAGCACUACAAAGAACAUACUAAAUCUGCUCACAAAUAAGCCUGGUUCCAGACCUCUGAGUUGCUGCCCACCUCUUUGAUUUGGUGCUGUGCUCACUGAUAUCUGUUUUCCCCUGGUUGGAAACAUCAACCAAUACCAGGCUAGCUAGCUACAUUAAUAAAAAAAAAAGACAUAAACAUGAAUGAGAUGGUAGCAGCUCUACAACGUAGGGCUCAUUUAUACUCCAUUUGCAUACGAAAAUAGAUAACAUCAGUUUCAAACGUCAUAAACAUCACUGCCCUCACACUUCCAUGCAUCCUUUAUGAUGACAUAGAUACAGCCAAUAGAUGGGACUUAGAGGGCAGAGUCAACAGUUUCACACAAUAACAUAUGAGGUGACGGUGGAGGAGGCCAUAAUAUUGUAUCUUAUAAUGGAGGCAGCGUCGUAGACAGUGGUGGUCUGUAAGGCCUGUAAAUACAUGGUUCCUACAGUCAUGGAAAAUCUAGAAAAGUCAUAAAAUUAGUAGAAAUCAUUGAAAGAUUUGGAAAAGUCAAUUUUUUGUUGUGUCAAAUGAAGUUGUUGCGGUAAUCUGUCGUGGAUUAUCUUCCACGUAAUGUAACAUAACAGAAAAUUCACUUCCUGUAGCUGUUGACGUAAUGUAGCUCUAAUACGUCAAUUUGUGACGUUUUGCUAACCAUCAUGUAGGUUUCUUCAUUUUCCCACCAUGUUCCAUCCUUCUCUUCAUGUAUGCCACCUACCUGAAAUUAUAGAGUUUUUGAUAUGUUUGAAAAAUGCCAGCCAAGUGGGACAAGACUAAAAAAAAUGUUAUAAAGUGUUAGGAAAUCUCCAGGCACCUCACGAUUCGAUUCAAUUAUGAUUCAGAGGGCAACGAUUUGAUGAUAAAACAAUUAUCGAUGCAUCACGUUUAAUCAAAAUUCUAUAAAUGAUACAUUUUUCUCACUGUGUGACUGCUUACUACUUUUAAAACACAGCAUACUGUAUCAAUCAUAGCAUAGCAUCGGCCA